AUGGCGAGAUCCGGACAGGAGCAGGAAGCCGAAAGCACAGCUGCAUUCAAGGUGCUAAAGCGGGCGAUGGAACUGGACUCGGAGUCUCGGUACCAGCAGGCUCUGGUGUGUUACCAGGAGGGGAUUGACCUGCUCAUGCAGGUCCUGAGAGGCACCAAAGAUGUUACAAAGAAAUGUAAUCUCAGAAAACAAAUUUCUAGCUACAUGGAUAGAGCAGAAAUAGUGAAGAAAUACACGGAUCAAGAAAAAGAAGAUGGAAAAUAUCAUCGGCAGAUUAAAAUAGAAGAGAAUGCAACAGGUUUCAGUUACGAGUCACUUUUUCAAGAAUAUCUUAAUGAAACAGUUACAGAAGUUUGGAUACAAGAUCCUUAUAUUAGACAGAUUCAUCAGCUGUAUAACUUUCUUCGAUUUUGUGAGAUGCUUAUUAAGAGACCAUGUAAAGUAAAAACCAUUCAUCUUCUCACCUCUCUGGAUGAAGGUAGUGGGAAAGAGCAGCAAAGUAGUGGCCUGCAAGAAAUAAAAGAGUCACUCAAGAAUCAUGGAGUGCUGUUGGAAUUAGAAUAUUCUUCUUCAGUACAUGACCGAGAAAUUAGGUUUAACAAUGGAUGGAUGAUUAAGAUUGGAAGGGGACUUGAUUAUUUUAAGAAACCACAGAGUCGUUUUUCCCUUGGAUAUUGUGAUUUUGAUUUAAGACCAUGUCAUGAAACAACGGUGGACAUUUUUCAUAACAAGCACACAAAAAAAAUAUGAUGGGCAGUAACUUAAUUUGCAUUAUAUAUUUAUAUUUUAAGUGAAUAUUGAUUUUGGGUUUUUUUUUUUUUUUUUUUUUUACUUUGGACAGAUCAUUUCUAUAAUUAUGUAUUCAAUAAUAAAUUUUUACAUUUCUACUAAUUUAUGGAUUCAUUGUUCAGUUAUGUAACCAAUCCUAAAUAUUUUUUAUAAAUACAUUAUUUAGUGGAUUUACAGGGUUUCUAGUCAUAUGAUUAAUUUUAACAUUGUACCAGCUUUUCUCUUAAUUUGACUAUUGGGGAAUGAAUCAAUAAACAAUGAGAACCUA